GGUAACAUGUUGAUUGCUCCUUCCUUUCCUCACUCUGUCAACUUGGGAGUAGAUGUGGACGCGCUGCUCCGCUGGACUUUGACAAACCGGCUGCUGCAGGACUAUGGCGGUCGGGACUUAAACCUCGAGGCCACAGCAAUGACCUCCGCUCUGGAGCUGAUGUUACUGAUGCACCAUUGACUCUGAACACAAGCGGCCGGCUGGGACUGGGCCCGGCGUGGAGUCACACGCGGCUACAUGCCUUUGCACUGUUGGAGGAUUGACCACUUUGCCUCUGUUGGACAGUUCAAUAGCAAUGCUGGCGAACUUUGAACAAGCAAGUGAUCCUUGUCCUCACGCAGAACAAGAAUCCUUGCCAGCUGGGGCCACACGUGGGAAGUUAAACAUUGCAGCACACACCAGUGGUCACUUUUAAAGAGAAGAAAAGAAAGACUAGAUGGAUGAACCAGAUCAGCGGAUUACAGUGUGCCCACCUGUUGUGAUGAAAUGUUACCACGACUGCACGCAGGAGAGCGGCCUCCACAGUCCGAAGAUGACCUCUGAUGUGUCCGCUGAGGCUCAAGCGGAUACCGUGACACGAGAAGACUUGAAGCUGGGCCACUUUCCAAGGGAUCAUUACAGUGACUUCUCAGUGUCCCCGUCACCUGAUUCCUCCAGCAGUAUUCUCAUCCAGAGCGACCAAGAACCCAGGAUCUCCCCUGACUUUCACGUGCGGUCGAGUAGCCAUGGAGAAUCUUCACCUUUGGAUAACCAGCCGAUCUCCUGCCUACAAGAUAACGUGUUUUGUGAUUCGCAAUCGAACCUGAACCAAAGUUUUUUUUCAACUCCCGUGAGUAGAACUGUCAGCUGCUGGAAUGCCAAUUUGUGCCAGGUUUUUGAUCGAGUAGCGUCAGCAGAUGCUUUGAAUCAAAACACGUUUGGAUCGCCCUCCGGUGCUUCAACCUGUCCAGAUACCACCGCGCAAGAUGGCGAGCCUGCUUCCUGCACAUCAUCUGGCAAAGCCUCAGCGGAGAACCAUUGCAGUUCUGGUGAAAUGGUCAUUCGAACCAACAGCUUUUGUCUGGAAGAUCUGUCUCUCCCGGUCUUUUCUUCCCUGGAGGAGUCAUUACUCUCCCCAUUAGAAGUGUUACCUGAAGAUUCUAAGCUAUUAUCAGAUAUUCUGCCCCAGCAAAGUGACUCAAAAGAUGCAGAUGGUAGUCAUUUCCUUGGGAUGACUUUCAUUCAGGAGGAGAACUGGGGGCCCCAAACUGAGAGCAGGGAUACAAGUUCUGAUAACUACCUAGUAGCAAUACCAAGUGCGGAUGAAGGCUGCCUACAAAGGACCUUCUUUGUCUCUGAUGCCUCUUCAGGAAACUGUAAUGAGACACCAUCUGCUCACAGAACAACAAGUGCUGAACAAGUCAAGACCCUUGUGUCCACGGUGGAAGCAACCAAAGAUGGGGAGAAUUAUGCUCAUGCUUCCACACCACUGCAAAACCUUGGGAACCAGAUAAACGGCCUACCUUGCUUUUCAGAGUCACCCUGUACAGGUCAGCAAAAAAGCCCACGGUCCGUACCUAAUCAGCUUAGGCAGGCCUCUAAACCACGUUUGGAAGUUGGCGGCGUAAAGGGAAAAGAAACUAAGAAGGCAACCAUAACCAACCUCAAAUCAAAAGUCAAACCGAUUCAUAGAGCAGCUGUGGCGACCCCUGCUGCUAAACACAAAGCACUGCCGCUGAGUGGGACGAGCAGAAACGCUGAAACUAGCAGAGGAAAGAUCGCCAGGAGUAGAUCCAAGUUGGCGGGUGUCGGUGAUCCUCCCCCGACAACGGGGCCCACUGAGUCCACAGAUGAGACUGAAUCCUCUGUAGCUUUAAAUGAAUGUGCCUCAUCACAGCAAUGUGUCCCUGCUGGUUCUGAGGCCCAGCAGGCAGCUGCAGUCCAAGAUCCCGAUUCCCCGGCGCAGGGUCCUGGCAACCAGACCUUCUGCUUAUCGGCCUUAGAAAAAUCCUCUGACAGAAGUAGCCAAAUGGAACCAAAACCAAAUUCUAAGAAGAGCGUAUUGGACAGAAUUAAAGGCCGGCAAGGCUCAGCCACAGGUCAAGACAGGCCUCCCGUCCUCAAGAUGCGGCCUCGGGGCUCCUCAGAGAGCUCCUUGUUGUCCAGAUCCACAAAGGAGAAAAAGACCCACAGGUUGCCCAGCGCUUUUUCUUUUCCCAAAAAGGGUACGCACCAAGGCUUGACUAAACUUGGACCUGUGACUAAUAAUGCCCCUGCUGCACGCAGCGAGUGGGUGGAGAAGUCUGGCGUGAGCCCAUCUGUAGGGCUGGAGGACCCCAGUCUUAAGUCCAGCAAGGCUCCAGAAACUCCUGUGGAGAAAAGCAAGGGAUCGCCUCCACCAACUGAAAGAACACCAGUGUCGCAACCUUCACUUGCUCCUCAAAAAAAAUCCAACCUGUCUGCCAGGCUGAGGAUUGCACCCAAAGUGAAAAGCGAAUCCACAAGCUGUAAGCCUUCAACACUACAAGCAAAGAAGAAGAGCGGUGCAGGCAACCAAAAACCUGGUGGCGAGUCGUCACAGCGAGGUCCUUCGACAAGCCUCAAGCCCUCUCUACAUGGACUGCGUAACCCCCAAACACCAGCCAGCCGCGCCUCCAUGUCUUCCGCUACCUCUUCUGGUUCCAAACUGCCACGUUCGGGUCUUGCACUCAGUCGCAACCAACAGAUGGAAGGAGCGUGUGGUGCGGAAGUGUCUGGAAGCGCCGCACCAAAACAAACCUUCAGAGCCAUGAGAAGUGUCUUUCUGAAGGCAAAGAUCAUCCCAACAGUGGCUGAAACUGCCAGAGGACCAACCCUGUCCACCACAUGCAAGUCUGUGGCCUCUGCAAGGAAGGGAUUAUGUCAUCCAGCGCAGACUCCCCAGGAAAGGACUUCUACAUCCAAACUUGUUCGGCUGCCUUUGAGCAAACCUGUGGACAAGAAGACGGCCAAGACCGGCUCCCGCCAGCAGCAAGCCUGCCCCAACAACAGACCGCCGGACGUGGUUCCGUUGGAGUUACCGGAGCACGAGAGAAAGACGAGGAUCGACCAGCUGAAGGAAGUCCUCGCUGCCAGAAACCGGGGUUUUGAGGCCGUCACUGUCGUCUUGAAGCACACUUUGACUGAGCGUGAUGAGGCGACGCGGCAGGGCAGGGAGCAGUCGCAGGAGCUGGUGGACCUCCGAGGAGAGCUGGUCAGCUCGGUGAACUCGGCCGAACGCCUGCAGAAGGAGAAGGAGGAUGUGCAGCGCUCUCUGGAAAGUGCGCUGCACACGCUGCAGGAGCAGCACCAGAAGGACCUGGAGCAGGUGGAGAAGAGACUGCAGACCUUCUAUCAGGCCGAGUGGGACAAGGUCCACCUCACCUACCAGGAGGAGGCCGACAAGUGCAAGGCUCGCAUGCAGGAACAGCUCGAUGAGCUACAAGCCCAGCACGAAGCCAUGAAGGAGGAGCUGGAGAGAAGCCACUCCCAUCAGCUGACGUGUGUGAAACAACAGUGUGAAACAUCGCUGGAAGAGCUCAGGAAAUUCCACAGUCAGGAGCUGGAGUCGCUGGGCCGAACCGUGAAGGAGGCCGAAGCCACUCUCACUGUGCGGAUCCAGCAGCUGACCGAGGAGAACCAGGUCCUGCAGGAGAAGCUGACAGCUGAGGAGAGUCGCAGGAGAGAGCUGGCUGAGAGGAGUCAGAAGGACUCGCGCACCCUCUACCUGGAGCAGGAGCUGGAGAGCCUGAAAGUGGUGCUGGAUAUCAAGAACCAACAGCUGCACCAGCAGGAGAAGAAGCUGAUGGAAAUCAACUCACUGACAGAGAAGAAUGUGACGCUGGACGAAAGCCUGAGGAAGGUCCAGCAGGAGAAUGAGGAUCUGAAAGCUCGCAUGGAAAGACACGCCGCCCUGUCUAAACAACUGUCCACCGAGCAGGCCGUGCUGCAGCAGUCGCUGCAGAUGGAGUCCAAGGUCAACAAACGCUUGUCCAUGGAGAACGAGGAGCUGCUGUGGAAGCUGAAUAACGGGGAGCCCCACCGCGUCUCCCCCGGCUCCCCAUCCCACUCCUUCAGCCUCCAGUCUCCGUGCAGGUCCAACAUCUUCUCCAGCCCCUCGGUGUCACCCAGAUAACCACGGGCCUCCGCUCCAGACUGAAGUUACGGUUGCACAGAAGCACUUAAUCCGAGGCGGCGUCCUCUUUCUUCGCCUUCUGACUCGGUGGAUUUGAGGGAAUCUCAGGACCUACUCGUGGUGAAUCACUGUUUUCUUACGCCUGCUUGGUGGCACAGGGAAAAGGACUUUUCCUCACUGUAGAAGGGCUUCUACUCCUUCCUCACGGACUGGCGUGGGACUGUGAAGUCACCUGUGCUCAAGAGAUUUUCAUUUGUCUGUUGUAAGGGACCAAUCCAAGUCUUUGCAUGUUGAGUUCUGUCCACCACCCCCGACUCAACCCUCUGAAUGUGCUAAUGCAGCUUUAACCUUUGACCUCAGGCUCAAGGUUGGCCUUGGAAGGGUCUCAAAAGAGUGUGGAAACUGGGUGUGUGUGUGUGUGUGUGUGCACCAGGUUUGAAAUAUGCAAGUAAUAAAGUAUUAUUCUCAAAGUGUUGGUCACCAGCUGUUUUGUGUUGUCGCUCAAACCCAAGUAUCCAGCAGUGGCUUGUUUUGGACGACCAAUGGGAAAAUGUUGUGGCGCCGAACCAAAGAAAGUUCUGGGCUCGCAUUCCACAUACGGAGAGUAUUAAGACGUCAGUCUGGCACGCUGAUCCUUUUUAUAUAAGCCAGUCGUCAUGGCAGCAGGCGGACCUGCGACCUCA